AUGAACAGCAGUGCUGGGACAUUAUUCUCUUUUAGAAGCACCCCCGAGCUGAGCCCGGCGGACAGGAAGGAGCUGGAGGCCAAGCUGAAGGAGCGGGAGGAGUUCCUGGCCCCCAUGUACCAGCAGGUGGCCAUGCAGUUCGCUGACCUGCACGACACGCCCGGCAGGAUGCAGGAGAAAGGGGCCAUCACCGACGUGCUGGACUGGAAAACCUCGCGCACCUUCUUCUACUGGCGGCUGCGGCGGCUGCUGCUGGAGGAGGUGGUGAAGGGCAAGAUCCACGAGGCCAACCCCGAGCUGACGGACGGGCAGAUCCAGGCCAUGCUGCGCCGCUGGUUCGUCGAGGUGGAGGGCACGGUCAAGGCCUACCUGUGGGACAGCAACAAGGACCUGGUGGAGUGGCUGGAGAAGCAGCUGACGGAGGAGGAGGGCGUUCGCUCGGUGGUGGAGGAGAACAUCAAAUACAUCUCCAGGGAUUACGUGCUCAAGCAGAUCCGGAGCCUGGUCCAGGCCAACCCCGAGGUUGCCAUGGAUUCCAUCGUGCACAUGACCCAGCACAUCUCCCCCACGCAGCGAGCCGAGGUCGUGCGGAUCCUCUCCACAAUGGACUCGCCUUCGUCCACGUAAGAGCCGGGGCUCCUCUGCCCCUGCCCGGGAGGAGCCCGGAGCCGGGACCUGCCCUUGCUCUGCUCGGCCGCGCCGCCGGGGGAGGCUCAGGGAGCGCUGCUGCAGUGACAUUUUUAUCUUUUCAAAUCAGGCUGGCCAGAGGAAGCGUGUCCUUUGGCCAGGGACACGAGGAAAAUGUAUAAAAACACAAAGCGCCUGCGGAACUGAGUCCCCGCUGUCCUCCUGUACCUUAUUUAUUGAACAGAGCGGGGCUGGGUGCUCCGGUACCGCGAGGCCUUGGCGUGGCAGGGACGCCCCUGUCCCCCCAGGGACACCCCUGUCCUUGCAGGGACACCCUGCCCUCCUCUCCUCUCCUCCCCCGUGCUGACAAGUGCCAAUGUCCCCCUGUCCCCCCGCAGCCCCUGGCUCCGUCAGUGGCGAUUUGUGUGUCACCCUGUGUCAGUGGUGAUCUGAUCUGUGUGUCCCACGUCUGUCUCGUCUCCUAGGUAGAGCAAAACCAGCCUUCAGCUGCUGUGGCGGGGCUGUCCCUGUGCCCCCAGGAGGCUCCCAGGCUGCCCAGGGCUGGGAAGGUUUUUGGGGCGCAGGGUUUUGGGGGAUUUGCAGCCCUGUCGCUUUGCCUUUGUGCCCGAUUCCUUUAGAGCAGGCUGUGAACUGUGUGAAAGGCCCUUCUGGGAGGAGGCACAAGAGACCAAAGUGCAGCUGCUCAGCAUUUCUGCCCUCCCUGCCCUGGUGUUUUCAGGGCUAAAGGCAGGGGCAGCCCCGCUGUGGAUCCUCGCUGAGUGUUCAUCCCAGAGGCAGGUCCAGGGUGAGGUGAGGAAGGAGAAAGGACAGAGCCAAAUCCCCCAGCGGGGCUGCAGAAGGAAAUCUCAGCGUGAGGAUCCAAGGAGAGCUUUUCUCCAUCACCCUGCCCUGCCCCAGAGCUGCCUGUGUGGCUGGGGAGGGGCCACUCUUGCCUGGGAAUGGGAAAAAAUGUCAGGUUUGGAUCUCAUUGCAAUGGUCAGGAAGAAUUGGGUGGCAGCUGCCCAGGUCCCCCCAGAUCCCCAACUUCUUUCUACUUGUUUUUUAAUGUCAGAGAAGCUCGGAGAAGCUGCAGUGCUGGAGGGAAGCACAGCCCACCCCUCACACAGCUCCUGCUGCAGAGCUGGGCCUGGGCACUCCGGGCUCACCAGUGAUGGUCUUGGAAGAAUUUCAGAUUUUACAGCCCCUCCUUUAGUCCAGCAGGAAGGGCUGUAGGUCAGAAGUAUGGCACAUCAGAAGGGCUGUUUUAUGAGAGAAUUAAUCCAUGAUGCUGCCAGUGCCUCUCACCCUUCCCUGUUUCCUCCCGAAGUGCAAUGCAGCCCUUCUGCCAGUGCUGCCAGUGACUGGAGGUGCCAGCCCGGGGUCGCUGCUCCCCUGCCUGUGGCCAGCAGAGCUCAGCCACCUGCAGGUCUUGCUUUUUCUUAAUAGUUAAGAACCCUAAUUUGAUUUAAGAGAUUUUUUUUUUUCCACUAGAGCCCCCUGAACAAGCCCCAAAGAUGCUUUUGCUUACGCCAGGGUGGGCUGCAGCAGGACACACAGACAGAGAAUGUGUCAGCCGGGCAGGACCGGGACUUGUGGGGCUGCUCUGCUGUCACCAGGAUCCCCCCGUGGUGGUGUCACCAGGGUCCCUUCUGCAGGACAUCUGGAGGUGUCCCCGUGCCCACUCUGCCACAGCCUCCCCCCAUUUCAGUGUUCCCAGCACCGGCUCACACCCCACUCAAUCUGGGGGUAAAGCAGCUCAAAAAAACCUGCUGGGUGACACCGGGGUCUGCAGUGGCCCUGGGGGUCUGGGCCUGCUGGGGCCCUGUGGCAGCAGCACCUGGAUGUCCCCAGGUGUGGGGGGUCACCGGGAGGGGGACAGCCCCUGGGUACGAACGGUUCUCGCUGGUGCUGAAGUAUUUCACUUACCUCAAUUUCUUUUAAUAAAAAGAAUGAAUUCCA